ACGUAAACUUCUGGAGCCUAUCCCAAAGAGCGGGAAACAGCAAGCGUAUAAAUUGGAUUCGGGGGACAACAGCUUGCAAUAAAUAUUCCGCUCCUUUGAGGUUUGCCUUCGUGGCAAGAAGCAGGAUUCAGCCCCCGGUGACUCCAAACCAAAGCCGCAUUCAGGAGGAUUAACCAUGACUUUUUACAACGGGAUUGCUCCCUUCUACACCCAGAAAGAAACCGCGUUCAUUUUCGGGAUCAAGCUGCUUGUGGUUAUCCUGGUCUUUCUGGUCUUUACAACGACUUUCCUUAUUAUUCUCCCCGGCAUCAGAGGGAGAGGGAGAAUCUAUUCGUUCUGCAGAGUUAUUAUAAGUCUGUUCGUUGGAGUGAUAAUUGUGGUGGUCAACUUUACCAGUGAUUGGGAAGAAGGAUAUGUCACAGUGAACACAACCUACAAGGCUUUCAGCAAUGAGACAAUAAGAGCAAGAGUGGGUCUCCAAAUUGGACUGGCAGGGAUCAACGUGACUCUGAAAGGUCUUCCUGUGGACCAGCUGAAUGAAACUAUCGACUACAAUGAAAACUUCCAAUGGAAAUUUGGGUCCAAUUAUGACAAGGAAAAUUACAAAGGACUUGAACGAGGGCUUCCAAAUCCAAUUUUGUAUAUUGCUGAAAAGUUUACAUCAAAAGCUCCCUGUCUUGUUCAUGCACAGUACAGGUUCUCUGGACAUUAUGCAACAGCUAUGAUGUGGGUGGCAUUUUGUGCCUGGGCCAUCUCCAAUAUUCUCUUCUCCAUGUCGACAAUUGUGUAUGGAGGGUACAUGACCUUGGUCACAUCCGCAUUCAUGAUCUUUGGAGUCAUCGCUUUUGCCACCACUCGCAGGGUCUCUCUAUGCAUUAUUCAGUUUGGUCCAACAACAUUACAGACUAGUUUAAGUGUUUCUUUCUGGCUGACAUUAGCAACAGCGUUACUGUGCUUCAUUCUCGGAAUACUUGUGAUAGUUAUGAAUCACUUCAUCCCAGAGAAACUGAGGGCAUUCUUCAUGCUGAAUGGUGAGGACGAUGAUAUGGAUGAAAUGAGAGGCGGAAUAAUUAACCAUUACUUCACUGGCAAUUGUGCAGACACAAUCUAUUUAAAGGAAACAAAACACAGUUUCGAAAAGAAGGACUUUGUUGUUUACACCUAACAACAGGCAUCCUGUUGAACUGAGAGGUUUGGCAUGCAGUCUCAAGCUCAUUCAGCAGUGCAACAGCCUUAUUUUGUAGAACUCAAGAAGUUAAUGAUGUAAUUAAUUUAACAAAAAAAAGGACCAUUUUCCGGAUUCGGUUGUGAACUUAUAGCCAAGUACUGUUAGCAAGGACUGUACCAUUGAAAGUGAGCACAACUUUGAAAUCCUUGGGGAAAGAUUUGCAACCCAUGACUUGAAAUACAAGCAAAUUUUCUACAGCGUCUUGUACUAAAGUGGCUGCAGAUGUAAAACCUGGGGACCAACAGGACGAUCUUGAUUGUGCUAAAAGGAACAUCUGUGUUGUGAUUCAUUCAUUGAAAUGCAACUAAACAUUGCCAAUGUCUUCAUCAUAUUAUUCCUACUUGUGAAAUAUGCCAAGGUCCAUGCUGAGCAGUAGAUAUAGGGCAAAUGCACUUUAAUUGAUUAAUAUUAAGAUUACUAAUAAAUAUUUAGUAAUCAUCGGGGUGGGCAUUUUUGAAUCAGGAAAACACAGGCCAAAGGGUGUUCUUUAAUCCUUGGAUUAAGUAUUAGCCGUGCAUCUAGUGUUUACAUGUUUAAAUGAUUUACUCUUUCACUAUUAUUGUCCGGAAUAUUUCAGUUACUGAUUGGAUGGAUGAUGAGCUUACACAUUUGUACAAAAUUCCUCAGCCUGUCAUUUAGUGCAUUGGCUAAUAGAUUUACACCAGUAAUGUUUAAGUUUAUUACAGUGGUCCCCAAUAUUGGGAUAGCACCUAAACUGGGAUGAGAACUUGCACCCUCAGGGAGAACUGGUUUAGAGAUCAAAGGCCUUGAUUUUUCCCUCUGUUUGAUGGGUUGGAAGACGGGGUCUAUUGACCUAUUUCUCACUGGGAGUGCCCAAAAGAUAAAACAGCCCAGGUAUCCAUUUGUGCAUCAUAUCAUGCACUCUGGCUCUCACAUUUGAUACAAAUGUUGGAUAUUCAUGACUGUUCUAGUUAUUGUAAAACAAUAAUUAUGAUAGCAAGUGUGGUGGCUUUCAAGAUAUGUUUAUGGAAGUUUCCUAAGCAAAUUGUGAAAUCCUUAACACAUGAUGCACCUGUUUACCAUGUCAUUAUGCUUAAACAGCAAAGAUAUCUGAGCCACUGUACAUAUCAAGUGACAUGUCUCCACUUAUGCUCAAGUCUUCAUUUAAUAUUUAUUAAAUAGAAGUUACCAAGGAA